UCUGAGUGGUGACAGAAGGAGCUAGGAACUUGGAAUUUGUGUAAUAGAAAAAACAUCCCAAUAAUCAGGAAACAGUGGAUCCAAUCACGGAUCAGACGGAUGCAUGUGCCGUAUGAGAUUUACAUAAAAUCCAUCAGACAUGAAUUAUAAUCUUUAUUUAAUGACAUUAAACUUCUAAUCAUUCACAGAAAGUCCUUCAAUUCAACGCAGUCGGUGUUCAUUGUUCAGACAAAUCUCUCCAUUGUCUCUUCUUCUUCUUCCUUUUUUAGCUGUUCCUUAUCUAUCACCACCAUGAAUUGAAUUGAAUUGAAUUGAAUUGAAUUGAAUUGAAUUGAAUUGAAUUGAAUUCAUCGCCAUUACCCAUUACUGUUCUCUUCUUCUUCUUCUUCUUCUGCUACCUCUUCCCUCCAUGAUUGUCCCAUUUUCUGUCCCACCUCUUUGAUUUCUGAUCUUGCUGACAUAAUUGAAUUGCAGGAGACGAGGUGGAGGAGAGAGCUGUUGGAUAGAGGGGAAUAAGCCAUUUCCCUCAUGACCAUAUCCCCAAAUCUUGACAAGAGGAGACGGAGGAGUUUUUUGUCAGAUCUUUCUGUAUACGAGUGUUCCUCAGGUGAGAGUGUGAAAAUUUUGUAGAGAGAAGGGAGAAAAAACAUGGGACAAGACAGUAUAUCGGCGCAGAAGAGAAUUGGGAGUGGAGGCAAUAGUUUGCCCACCACUGCAGCCACCACCAACGACAGGGGAGGCCGUACGAUGCCCGGAAUUCCUCGUGGCCGUCAGAUCCAGAAGACUUUCAACAAUAUCAAGAUCACAAUACUCUGUGGCUUUGUCACCAUCCUUGUUCUUCGUGGCACCAUCGGCAUCGGCAACCUUGGCAGCUCCGAGGCCGACGCUGUAAACCAAAACAUCAUCGAAGAAACCAACCGGAUACUUGCUGAGAUUCGAUCUGACAGCGACCCCAACGACCCGGAUGAUCCUGCCGAGACCGAAAUCAACCCUAAUGCCACUUACACGCUUGGACCCAAGAUUGCGAACUGGAAUCAGAAGCGAAAGGUUUGGCUUGAUCAAAACCCACAAUUUCCAAAUUAUGUUAAUAAAAGAGCUAGGAUCUUGCUUGUUACUGGUUCUCCUCCAAAACCUUGCGAUAACCCAAUUGGGGAUCAUUAUUUGUUGAAGGCAAUCAAGAAUAAGAUUGAUUAUUGCAGGCUUCAUGGGAUUGAAAUAGUAUACAAUUUGGCUCAUUUAGAUAAGGAACUUGCUGGGUAUUGGGCCAAGUUGCCACUGUUUCGGCGAUUGAUGUUGUCUCACCCUGAGGUUGAGUGGAUUUGGUGGAUGGAUAGCGAUGCUUUAUUUACUGAUAUGGUGUUUGAGAUUCCUCUGGAAAAAUAUGAUAACUAUAAUUUGGUUGUUCAUGGAUAUCCUGAUUUGAUGUUCAACCAGAAAUCCUGGAUUGCACUAAACACAGGAAGCUUUUUGUUUCGGAAUUGUCAAUGGUCUUUGGAUUUGCUGGAUGCUUGGGCUCCAAUGGGACCAAAGGGUCCGAUUCGAGACGAGGCUGGCAAGAUUUUAACUGCAUACUUGAAGGGCAGGCCAGCAUUUGAGGCUGAUGAUCAGUCAGCUUUGAUAUACCUAUUGCUUUCUCAGAAAGAUCAAUGGAUGGAUAAGGUGUUUCUUGAGAAUUCAUACUAUUUGCAUGGUUAUUGGGCUGGAUUAGUCGAUAGGUACGAGGAAAUGAUCGAGAAGUAUCACCCUGGAUUAGGCGACGAAAGGUGGCCAUUCGUGACGCAUUUUGUUGGUUGCAAGCCUUGUGGUAGCUAUGGAGAUUAUCCAGUUGAAAGGUGCUUGAGUAGCAUGGAGAGGGCUUUUAAUUUUGCUGACAAUCAGGUGCUCAACCUGUAUGGAUUUCGCCAUAGGGGCCUUUUGAGCCCCAAGAUCAAGCGAAUCAGGAACGAGACAGCCACUCCAUUGGAGUCGGUUGAUCAAAACAAUAUUCGGUGGCGUGUUCUACAUCGAAGUAACACGCCUCCAACCAAGUGAGCUAAUCACUUUCUUGUGUGAUUACCUGUAGGUGAUGAUGUAAUACGUCAAUUCAUAGCAGAUAAAGGCUGGCAGCAGUUCAUACAAGUCUGUCUUUCUUCCCUCUUCGUUCUGAGAAGGAUAGAGCAUAAUUCUUUCAUUAACUUAAAAAGACAGUGUUUCAGAAAUGAGUAUAGGUACUUUAUUUACCUCUCUUUACCGUUCUUUUUUACUUUGAUUUUAUUUUGAGGAGUUGAACGUUACUAUUCUUGCUUUGUAUUUAGACUCGAUCAUAUCGAUAUCAAUAUUAUGCAUUCAAAUCUAGAUCAGAACUUUUUUAUUUC